CGCUCGAAACUCUUCACACAGUCAGUAAUGGAGUCCCCAAAACCCUCGGGACCUCUUCUCUCCCUCUCCACCUUCAUCCACCACCACUACCUCCGCCUCACCGCCGACAUCUCCAACCGUCUCGAAGAAACCAAACGCCUCGCCGGUAACCUCCUGCCGCCGGUCACCAGGCGCGUUCUUUCCCCCUCGGGAACUCCGCCUCUGGCUUGGGUGGGCCAGCCGAGCCACGCCUUGGCCGCCGCAGCCACCAGUGCCGCGACUCUCAGCUCCGACCACGUGGCGAGGAGCCUGGUAGGCACGGCGGUGUUUACGGUUAGCAAUUCGAACAAUGAGUUCGUGCUUAUCUCUGAGCCUAAUGAAGCCAAGUCCAUUGGCCUCCUUUGCUUCCGCAAAGAAGACGCCGAAGCUUUCCUUGCUCAGGUUCGGACUAGGACGAGAGAGUUAAGAACUCCGGCCAAGGUCGUCCCUAUCACUCUUGAUCAGGUGUACAUGCUGAAGGUUGAAGGAAUUGCAUUUAGGUUUUUGCCUGAUCCGGUUCAGAUAAAGAAUGCACUUGAGCUCAAAUCUGCAGACAUGACUGCUUUUGAUGGAGUUCCUGUUUUUCAGUCUGACCUUCUGGUUGUGAGGAAGAAAAACAAGCGUUACUGCCCAAUAUACUUCACCAAGGAAGAUAUAGAAAAGGAAUUGUCAAAGGUUUCCAGAUCCAACCGAGGACCAGGGGUUUCUCAAAAUAUUAUGGUUGGUAGUCUGGAAGAUGUUUUGAGAAAAAUGGAGUCAAGUGAAAAGAACUCUGGCUGGGAAGAUCUGAUUUUUAUUCCACCUGGAAAAAGCUACUCCCAACACAUUCAAGAUGUGGUAAGAAAAUGAAGUCUAUCAAGAUGUGGUUAAAAGAUGAUGUCUAUCACGCCCAACCACAGCUAAUCAUACAAGAAUAUAGUUUAGCAGUGGUGAUUGCAAGUUUUCCAGUUGCUCGUAACUUUCUUUCUCCUGCUUCUUGUUGCCUGUCAUAAUGCGAAUUCCUAGAGAGAGGUUGUGAUUGGUCAAUAAUAUGCAAAGGGAGGCUGAGCUUGGAAGUGAAAAUAGCAGAUUGGAACGACCUGAAUACAUGUUGACGGAGGUUAUUGAAUCGCCUUCUGAAGAAAAGAAAUUUGUUGUAAAGUUUGAUGCAUUUGAUAUCAGUGUCCUCUAGAUAUUGUACUAAAGUUCUCUCAUCUCAUAGACGGAUUAGAGUCUUCAACAAUUUUAAUAUCAAGAUGCAUUUCAACCC